AUGUUCCAUCCAACUCGGGGAGGCACGCGUGGGGGUCAGGACCAGUUCAAGUGGGAGGACGUCAAGGAUGAUAAGCACAGAGAAAACUACCUUGGAAACUCGUUACUAGCACCGGUAGGACGGUGGCAAAAGGGUCGUGAUCUGACCUGGUAUGCCAAGGACAGCAACGGUACUUCCGACUCGGACAGCCAACUGGCUAAGAAGCAGGCAGAGAUACAGAGUAUCAAGGAUGCUGAAGCUGAAGCCAUGGCCGAAGCCUUGGGAUACAAGACAAAGCGAAAGAAGGAAACCAAUGUCAGCGAGAAGGAGCUUUCAUCCGCCAUCAGCAAGACAAAGGCUGGCGUACCGGAUGAACACGACGACAACAUCAAGCUAUCAUCAUCAGUCCAAGGCCUUGGAUUCAAGUAA